AUGGAAUUCCAAGGGACUGGGGAGACAGCUUUGUGGGCAAAUUUCACCAGCACAAAGAGUUUUGUGAUUGGAUUGAAGUACCCUGCCCUCAGCCUACAGCCUUUGCUGCCUUCCAUCCAGCAGAGCAUUGGUGAAAACCGGGAGAAAAACAGGGCAGAGAGAGGACUGCUAGAAAUCAAGGGUCUGGCUUGGCCCGCCCUCGGGGGAGUGGCUGGGAAUGGUCACGUGGAGGGGCGCCUCGCCCGGGGUCUCCCGCCCACUUGGAGGAGUCUGGAGCCUGAGCCUGGAGCCAACCAGGACGCUGUGAGGGCUUGGAGACUCGCCACCACGCCGGGGCUGCUGAGGUCACGGUCGCCGGGGCCCGAGGGCACCUGCUCGCGGUUCCGCCCGCUCUCUGAUAAUUGUGCGGGAGGCUGGACCCGCAGCGGCGACGGCGACGACAGCAGCAGCAGCAGCAGCAGCAGCAACAGCAGCGAGGACUGGAGCGCGGGCAGCAGCAGCAGCCACACCAGCCGCGACACCAUGGAUCUGUCUUUUAUGGCCGCGCAGCUGCCCAUGAUGGGAGGAGCAUUCAUGGACUCACCCAACGAGGACUUCAGUACCGAAUACUCCCUGUUUAACUCCCCUGCCAACGGCCACUCGACGUCCAACGGCCACGGCCAGCCCGAGGAGUCUCCUCGCUCCUCCAACGAUGCUGUUCUGUUAUGGAUAGCCAUCAUAGCAACACUGGGGAACAUAGUGGUGGUGGGCGUGGUGUACGCCUUCACCUUCUGAGGCACAGGGAUGUGAAGUCGUGGGGAAGCCCCUCCCACUCUGGACUCACCUAGUAAGGUUUUUCCUGUGGCUCCAUCUUUCUCCCAGCCGCUGGAGACACCUGAGUUCUUGAACGGUCCCUGGAGGAGCAAGCACCAUACAUCUGUAAUUUCCUCCAGGCAGCUCCAGUGUAGAAUAUUCCGUGUUGCGGUUGAGCUAAUUCAGGACGCCUUGAAGUUCGUGCUUUGAGCUCCUAAAAGACUGAUGCCUCGAGUCCUUCAAACAGCAGACUGAAAAAUUCUUGAAGUUUCGGUCAGUCCCAGAAUGCAAAGCCGGUUUGAGCAUCCCGUUGGGUUAAAAAAAAAAAAAUGCAGAUCUGUUUGGUGAUCUGUGUUUCCUAGCAGUAGAUUGUCACUGUGAGUCAUAUCUUUUCUGCAGACCUGUUGAACCCAGUGUGUGGGUGCUGGGACAAGAAGAACUUUCACAAGUUAGAAUUCUCACCUUUUAAUUGUAUGUCCCACACCUUGGAACACUGACGGCGAUGUUGGAGGGUUACAGAAUGUUGAGAAAUUGACUUAUAAAUGAUACGUUGUCACCAGACACUUGGUCCCUUGCAGAACCCAAGUGCAUCAGAAAACCUAGAGACUGG